AUGAAAUCCUUUGGUGCAAUUCUGUUACUCAGCCUCAGGUAUGUUUUCCUUCCCCAUCCCGCUUUCCUCCUAGACACCCAUGAAGUUUUCACUGAUCACUCUUAGCCUCCUUCUCGACUACAACUUUGCGAUGGGCAUGAAAACCCAAAAGAUAUACGGCUGUUGUAGCUUUCCCCCUCAGAUGAACGGCACACGGCAACCGGGAUGGACGGAUACGUGCUGCAAAACAUUCAAGCAAAAAGUUCGAUUCUACGGGAACAAUACGCUAGGGUUGAUAGGCCCGAGUUAUGGUGUACGUACUCCCGUCAUUCCCUUUCUACAUUAUCUCCCACCAUCCAAGCGCCAAGCGAAAAUGGGAUUGGAGAUUUCGUAG